AUGUCAAACCUUUACUUGCAGGCAGUACGUCUGUCAAUUCUCAUUCGCGCAACAGCCAUGCUGAUCCAAGUCAUUGCCCACCGUUCGCAGGGAGUGAGUGUGUCGAUCCUCGUUCGAGCAACAGCCAUGCUGAUCCAAGUCAUUGCCCACUGUUCGCAGGGAUUCAUGAGUGUGUCGAUCUUUAAGAAGCUUGGCAACAAUCACUGUGCGGUGAUACAGUCUAAGUUGCUCUCUGUGGCCUCUGGCUUAUCACCUUUGCACAAGGUUGUUCAGCUCAUUUCCGCUGCUGUCAUUAUCUUCGAACACUCUUUCUAUAUUUUUGACAAGUGGCGCUAUCUUCAGGACAAGGGGCAGUCUGAUCCCUCUUUUUAUGUUGCACUGGAGCAGUACAUGUCAUCUCCGCAUGCAGCUGCUGUCGUGAAGGGUGUGAGCGACCCCGUUCAUGCUUAUGAACAAGUGGUGGCUACUUUCACGAAGGAGGAAGAAUAUUUGUCCUCUCAGGCGAAUGUGGAGUUAAUCAACGCUGUUCUUGAAAUCACUUAA